AUGGAUGAAACAGCAGUUGCUUGCAAAUCUGAGUAUCGGGAGCUGAAGGAAGAACCAGAUGGGGAUGCGGUCGCAUACAACAUUGACGAUCUUCCAGAGGCGAUCCUUGAACACAUCUUAUCUUUUGUUUCGAUGGAGGAUGCUGUUAGAACGUGCGUACUGUCAAAAAAGUGGCAAUAUCUUUGGACCUCUCGUCCUAAUCUUGAACUCUCGGACUGGCCCUUUUCGAGGAGGGAGCAUUUUACCAAUUUUGUGGAAAGAGUACUUGUUCUCCGAGGGUCUGCUCACAUAAAACGGUUCGACCUCAGUUGUGACGUUUUGGGUGAUGCAUCCCGUGUUAGUUUAUGGGUAUCCGCUGCUGUAAAGCGGAAUGUCGAAGAAUGCUUUGUCGACCUUUCGGAUAUCCAGGGAGAUUUCGUCUUGCCUUAUUGCUUGUUCACUUGCGCAACACUAACUCACAUGGAAUUAUCCAUCCCAUGGGAAUUGACACUACCGUCUCGAAUUCAUCUUCCGAAUCUUAAAGUCUUGCAUCUCAUGGACAUCACGUUUGUAGACAAGCACUCGACCGAGCAGCUGUUAUCAAGCCCAGUGCUUGAGGAGUUGAGCAUAGAGGACUGUACUUGGGAUAAUCUCCAGACACUGACUAUUGGCGCUCCCAUGCUAAAGUUCUUGAUAAUACACGACGAGGAUUUUGAUUGUUCGUCAAUUGACCCGUAUAGCUGCCGAGUUUCAAUAUGUGGAAAUAAUCUCAAAAGCAUACAUUUCAUGAGUCCAUUCUUGAAUGAUUAUCAAGUUGAAAACACAUGCGCACUGCUGGAGGCGCACAUCAGUGUCACUGACUGCUGUCCAAGUAGGAUUGAACAACUUGCCUACCGUCUAAAUAAGCUUCUCGAAAUGAUAUGUUCUGUCAAAAAAUUGGAACUGUCAAGCAGGACCUUCCAAGUUCUAAGUAGUACAGACGAGCUAUACUUGCAUCUGCCUGUCUUUCCUAAUCUGAAGUCAUUGGAUGUCGGGCGUUUAGACAUGAAGUGCCAGGGUAUCGAAUUACCUUCAAAUGAUGAAGAAUAUGGUGCGACGUUGGAUCCAGCUCCCCCCUGUUUCAGCUCGCACCUUAGGCAGAUUGAAUUAUUUGAUUUAUUGCUGUGCGAGAAGAAGGUUUGCGUGCUGGAAUUGUUGCUGAAGCAUGCGACGGUCCUGGAAAUAUUCAUGAUAUGCACCAGAUGGCUUCGUCCGGAGCAGGGAGACAAGGAGAUGUUCCGCAAAAAGUUACUAGAGAUCCAUUGCGGAUCAAAAAAUCUCAAAAUUGCCUUUUCGGACCACUAA